AUGAUACAUGAUACUUCUCAGUUGGAGCAGGAUGUGGUAAAUUUGACUACUACAGGUCGUAUCUGGUAUAUUUCCAUGGUCCUCCUGCUGUACGAUUAUUGCCUGACAUUAUGCGAUGAAGUCCAUCAUGUAUGGCGGUCUCGGUCACUCCGUGGGCGUUUGAUAUUUUUCACGAACCGAUAUUGGCCGAUUGCGUUCAUGGUUUUUGACUCAGUCGUGCUGCGUGUUUUCCAAACAUCGGAUACAGGAGUGAUGGUCAAUUGUCAUUUCUUCUUUCAAUGGGCAGUCUACUCUCCCAUACCUUCUUCGAUAUCACUAGGCAUAAUUUUGAUAUCUAAACUUCAUGCAAUGUAUGGCUGCAACAGAACACUGCUUGCCGUCAUGUGUACUCUCUUGGUUGUUGAGAUUGUCGCGACAGCGGCUGCAGGUGGCAUUGCGGCUUACAAAAUGCGAGCUGUCACGGUCGCCGCUCACACCGGGUGUUUCCCGGGUAACGACUACGCCUACGACUGGUCGUUCUGGGUGCCACCACUUGGCUUUGAAGCCUUCCUGUUUGCGCUGGCUCUAUGGAAAGUCGUACAAGAAGUACGAGAUGACAUGCAGACAUCUCGUUUGAUGGUGGUGCUCUUGCGCGACUCAAUCUUCUAUUUUGGUGCUGCUUGCACCAUCCUUCUGAUUAAUUUCUUCGUGUGGUUAUUUCGGCCCGCAUUGCUUGGUGCAUUCGUUCCUUUGGUGACAACGUGCCGCUCGAUUAUUGGUUGUAGGAUGCUGUUAAAUAUCCAGGAAGCUGCAGAGAUGACGGCUGACACACCCUCGGACAUAUUGCCGUCAAUACAGUUUCGAACAUUUACCGUGAACGAAGAGGGGAAUAAUAAAGAGUGUUCAAGAGAUAUGCCGUGA